UCAGCGAUUGACGUGCGUGCACUGAUAUACCUAUAUAUGCAUACAUGUAUGUAGUAUAUAGUAUACCUAUAUAUCGGUGCAUGCGUGGUACUUUUACUAUUUUUUCCGGGGGUUUCGGUUUCGGAUUUUCAGUCGUGUGUCGCGACCAAGACACGUCGUGUGGCGGGCGGGCAUUGGCAGGCAUGGUGAUGGGUGAAAGACGGGACAGCCGUGAGGUGCUGACGAUAUUAUUCCUGUGUAUAAUGUGGUACAUCGUGUCAAGCAGCAACAAUGUAAUCGGCAAGAUGUUGCUGUCCGAGUUUCCGUUUCCAAUGACUGUGACGAUGGUGCAGCUAACCUCAAUCACCAUUUAUUCCGGCCCGUUUUUCAAUCUCUGGGGUGUCCGAAAGUACGCAGCUGACAUAUCGUGGCCCUAUUACUUUCGCCUUAUCGUGCCCCUCGCCCUCGGCAAGUUCUUCGCAUCCGUAUUCAGUCACGUCAGUAUUUGGAAGGUCCCGGUCUCCUACGCCCACACUGUAAAGGCUACAAUGCCCUUCUUUACGGUGGUCCUGUCGAGGAUAAUUCUCCGUGAAAAGCAGACCAACACUGUCUACCUCAGCCUCGUUCCUAUCAUUGGAGGAGUAGCGAUCGCCACCCUAACAGAACUUAGUUUUGACAUGACGGGAUUACUCAGCGCCUUAGUCGCUACAAUGGGUUUCUCGCUACAGAAUAUAUUCUCGAAGAAGGUAUUACGUGACACGGGGGUUCAUCAUUUACGGCUUCUACAUAUCCUUGGACGAUUGGCUUUGUUUAUGUUCUUGCCAGUUUGGUUAAUGUACGACUUCAGAAGUCUUCUGCACGAUCCUGUAACGGGGACUAACGUCGAAGUCAGUUAUAAAGUAUUAAUGCUACUUUUCGCCGAUGGUAUUUUGAAUUGGCUUCAGAAUAUCAUUGCUUUCUCUGUAUUAUCUAUCGUCACACCGCUUACUUAUGCUGUAGCCAGUGCCAGCAAAAGAAUAUUUGUAAUUGCCGUCAGUCUUUUCGUUCUGGGUAACCCGGUCACAGGACUUAAUAUCUUAGGUAUGACUUUGGCCAUAUUAGGUGUCCUCUGUUACAACAAAGCUAAAUAUGAUCAGAGACAAGCCAAAAAAAAAGAAUCUUUGCUGCCAAGGUACAGUUUUCCCAUUCGAAAUGGCACCACUCCGUUUAUGGUCAAUGGCUGGCAGGAUGACAAGCAUCAACUGCAUGCCGUUUAGUUUAAAUAAAAUUCAACUACCUAGUUUUUUUUUAAUGUUGGAUUUUUUUUCAAUCAUUUCUUAGGCACAAAUAAAUUUAAGCCCACCAAAUAAAUCUUCAGCGGUAAGAAGGAAGGAAAAAAAACAGUAUUUUAUCAUCAGUUUUAUCAAAACUCUACUCGAAAUAACAGUGUAACUUUCCUUUCACCCGUUUUUUUCUAACAUAGAAUAUCAAGCUAAAUACUUAUCAAAUAUUAAACACCAGCUUUAUCUAUUGUUAAGUUGUUAGUUGGUUCGAAAUACUUCGCAUAAGUUUGUGCCUAACGAAAUACAUUCAGAAGAAAAUAUUUAUUUUUAGACCUAAGUACAUACCGUGAAUAAGUUUGGUACGCAAGAUAUUGAACGGACAAAUCUUAUCUACGAUAAUUAUAUUUUACAAAACACGAAUGAAGUGUUUACAGACAAUUGUCUAAAGACAAGAUUUCUUUUACUAAUGAUAUUGGACAAUUUUUAAAUAGAAUGUACAGUUGUAUAAGAGAGAGAGCAAGAGGGAGAAUAUGUUACCCUUGUGUGUAUGGACGGAGAGAGUGCAGAAGAGAAGAGUUGAUUUUAGCUCAAAGCAGUCUGUAAUAUAUAUAUUUUUUAUAAAUAAACACACGCGUACAAAAAUA